CCAUCUUGGUGACCUUCAAAGUGGAAGAGGGUGAAAGUUUGCCAAUGUGGGUAAGGCAGCGUGGUGAGCAAAACUUAUAAUCUGUAAGAAAGCUGGGACAGCUGGGACAGUUGGAAGGGUGUGCUUAGACUGGAAGAUUCGUUCAUAGAACUGCGAAUUGAUAUCCUUUGAAUACUUGAGUUCAGGAUGUCAAAUUAUCGUAUGCAAUAUGGGUUUUAAGCCUUUGCUUAUUUACUGGAGCGAAUGUGGACACGAAUACUGUGUAUUUGGGACACACCAGAAUUGUUAAAAGUGCUACAGUAUUUCAUGUGCAUCUGUGCUGAAGGUGACACACUUCACUCAGGUAGACUAAUGACUAGAGGAACCCUUCAGUGUAGAAAAAUGAACAGCACAACGUGGUGAAUUGAUGUCGCCUGAGAAGAAAUGCUGGGAAGAUGACACACAGAUUACAACUGCAGGGGAAACAAUCGAACUAGACUGCAAGGAAGAAUUCCCUGUGCACUGGUGCUAUCCCAGGGUUUACAGUGAUGAGUGCAUGACAGAUAAAGCAGAAAGUGACGUGGAAUUUUCUCACACAACAGGGAACAAGUAUAAGACGAGAUUGAUCAUAAAGGGUGUACAAUAUGCUGACACAGGAUAUUAUUACUGUGUCAGCAAUGACACUGCAGAAUGUAGACUUCAGAUGGAAGGUGUACACAGCAAAUAUAUUUAUGUGAAAGAUGAUGAAAAUCUUCUGGCCAUGGACAGUUUUUGCCACAUAAAUGCAGAACUCCAGGGAAAUACGGUGUUACCAUGUCGACCAACUAGCCCUGAUAUCAAGAUAACAUUAUUUAAAGAUGAAAGAAGUCUGAGCCUGGGGAAACAAAAGGAUAGUGACAUGAGAAUUGCAUAUAAGUCCACAACUGGUUUCAUUCUGGAAAACAUCAGUGUCUCUGACAGUGGUACAUACAUGUGCAAAACUGAUUCUGGGAGUGUGCUGCUGGCCACAGUGGUGCUUAAAGUCAAUGAACGCAAGCGAAUGUAUGUGAUGAAGCCAGUAAUCACUGGUCCAGAACCUCGAGUUGUGAGGAAGGGGAAAGACAUGGUUCUGGAAUGCAAGGGAUUUGCACAAAAGGGAGUAAAAUUUCAGGUCAUGUGGCAUAAGUCAAAGGAAUUGCUUAACGCAUCACAGAAAUCCUGCACUGAGCAUGGCUAUGACUGUAUAGUGACAGUUCUCAGAAUCAAAAAUGUGACAGAGGAUGAUGGCGGCAACUAUUCAUGUGUGAUAAAGGACAAGUACAAUAAUAAGAAAAAAAAAACUAGAACAGUUGAAGUGAUUGGAGAAAAAGAAGUGGGCAUAACCUUAAAAUCUGAUUCCAGUGAGACAAUCUUGGUACAAGUCAGGCAGACUAAGGAAUUGAAAAUUGUGGUAAAUGUCUUUUCACCUGAAAAUGUGACAUUGAACUGGUAUGGUCCACGAGGCAUUCAACUGCACCCAGAUGUGGAAAAAUAUGGUAUAGAAUCUGGAAAUCAUCAGGCCAUCUUGAAAGUGUUUAAUCUAGACCUUCGUGAUGCAGGAAAAUACAGUCUUGAUGCAUAUAACAGUAAUGGCAAAGUAUCUCUCAACAGGCUGGUAAUUGUCCAAGAUAAACCAAAUGCCUCUCUGAAUCAUGAUCUAGGUCUGCUUCCUUUGGACUCUAUAGCCAAUUUCAGCUGUGUAGUGUGGAGUCCAAAGCCAGUAAUAGUCAACUGGUUCUUCAGAUCCUGUGACCUGAGAAAACCAGGUGACUGUGAUGGUGAAAGAAACUCCAUGCAACCACUCCUCACUACUAUGGAGAAUAACUCUAUGGAAGCAUAUGAUAUGUUCAAUUUCUCACUCAAAAGUACACAGGGAAUACUCCGAUGUGCUGCCAGCAACUCCUUUGGAAGUGGAAGUGAUUCCCUCAAGCUCUAUGUCUCAGAUCAUCCAUGUGUCAGGAAGACACCACAUCUGUGGGGGGAACCUGAGGACAUGUUGGUGGAUGGGGAGGAUGCUUUCAGUGUGGUGGAGGGGGAAAACUUCACUCUGAACUGUGCCUCCAGUGUGUACAACAGUACGCAAUACCCAGAGUGGCGCAGCCGUGCAGGCAAUGUCAGCAACUCUACAGGUAGCAAUGACCUGAACUUUCAGGGAUGUUGUAAUUUCAUUUUAUUCUACGUAGCCCUUUGCUGUGCAACUUAAAUUUACUGUGUCCUGGCAUUU